AGGCUGAUCUCUGCUCAGUGAACUCAGUGAGAACAAAACUGGACGAUCAGAGUGCGACAGGACGGAAAAAAGGGAUUUUCUGCAUCUUAAUGUGUACACACUGAACACAUUUCAUUGUGUAUGCACUUGCAUCGUGCACUGACAUACAAAUACAAACUCAUAAACAAUCCAACGUGGGGGAGUUUUCAUGGUGGUGUGUGUUGUUUUACAUCAAGAUGUUGGCUGUUCAUCUUGUUUCCUUCUUCUUCUCCAAACUCCAGGAGGACCCCACGAAGAAGGUGGACAGGUUCCUGUACGCAAUGCGUCUCCACGACGACCAGCUAAGUGACAUCUCGGCUCGUUUCCAGGCUGAGAUGAAGAAGGGGCUUUCAGUGGAGAGCAACGCCGCUGCAGCAGUGAAGAUGCUGCCAACACAUGUCCGCUCCACCCCUGAUGGAUCAGAGAAAGGGCAGUUUCUGGCGUUGGAUCUCGGAGGCUCCAAGUUUAAGGUGCUCCAGGUUAAAGUGAGAGAGGGAAUGGGGAUUAGGAGGGGAGGAGUGGAGAUGGAAGAGAAGACUUACCCGAUACCUAAGGAGCUACUUGUGGGGAGAGGAACAGAGUUAUUUGACCAUGUGUCAGAGUCUCUAAAGGACUUCCUGCAUGAGAAGAACAUCAGCUUGGAUAAGAAACAUCCUCUGGCCUUCACUUUCUCUUUUGCCUGUGAACAGUCCAGCCUGGAUCAGGGAUCAUUGUUAGGUUGGAGUAAGAACUACCGGGCUAGAGGUCUCCAGGGGAAGGAUGUGGUCCAGGCCCUCAGAGAUGCCAUUGACAGAACUGGGGGGAUGGAUAUAGAGGUGUUAGCUAUGGUUAAUGACACUGUAGCGACAAUGAUGACCUGUGGUUUUGAUGACAAUUACUGUGAAGUUGGACUCAUCAUUGGUACAGGCACCAAUGCGUGUUACAUGGAGGAGCUUCGCCACGUUGACCUGGUGGAGGGAGAUGAGGGCCGAAUGUGUGUGAACACCGAGUGGGGAGCCUUUGGAGAUGACGGGGCUCUGGACGAUUACCUCACUGAGUUUGACAGGGAUGUCGAUGCAGCCUCCAACAAUCAAGGGAAACAAAUCUUUGAAAAGAUGGUCAGUGGGAUGUACCUGGGUGAGCUGGUGAGGCUGGUUGUAUUAAAGAUGGCUAAACUAGGACUGCUGUUUGAUGGACAUGUAUCUGAUGCCCUGAGGACCAAAGGAAAAAUCACCACUGCAAAUGUGGCAGCCAUGGAGGAGUACAAAAAUGGUCUGAAGAACACCAGAGACAUUCUCACAGGCCUUAGCUUGACCCCUUCGCAGGAUGACUGCAUCGCCGUUCAGCAUGUCAGCACCAUUGUGUCCUUCAGGUCUUCAAAUCUGGUGGCUGCAGGACUGGCUGCCAUCUUGACUCGAAUCAAACAAAACCGGAAUUUGAGGGCAUUGAGGAUCACUGUAGGUGUGGAUGGAGCAGUGUACAAGACCCACCCACAGUAUCCUAAACGUCUCCAUAAAGUGGUGCGCCGCUUGCUUCCUGAGUGCCAUGUCAGAUUCGUCUUGUCUGACAGUGGCAGCAGCAAAGGAGCAGCCCUGGUAACAGCAGUUGCCCAACGACUGGCAUCACAGAAGCGAAAGGUGGAUGAGACACUUUCGCCCUUCAGACUGAGCCACGAGCAGCUCCAGCUGGUGAAGGCCAGGAUGAGGGCGGGGCUGGAGGCAGGCCUGAAGAGAAAAGGCUCCACUGCAAUCAAGAUGCUUCCUUCCUUUGUGUACCGUACACCUGAUGGCACAGAGCAUGGAAAAUACCUCGCUCUGGAUCUGGGAGGAACCAACUUCAGGGCGUUGCUGGUGAACUUUAAAAAAGGUCUGCAACAGAACACUCGACUCCAUCAUAAGAUCUACACCAUACCACUUGAGAUAAUGCAGGGAACCGGAGAAGAGCUGUUUGAUCAUAUUGCAGAGUGUAUUAGUGACUUCUUGGACUACAUGGGGUUGAAAAAUGCUCGUCUUCCUGCGGGCUUCACCUUCUCUUUCCCCUGCGAGCAGACAGCCCUCGACACGGGCACAUUGGUGAGCUGGACCAAAGGCUUUAAGGCCACAGACUGUGAAGGACAUGAUGUUGUUAGCAUGCUGCGGGAGGCCAUCAAAAGACGCAAUGACUUUGACUUGGACAUAGCUGCUGUAGUCAAUGACACAGUUGGAACCAUGAUGAGCUGCGCCUAUGAAGACCCUCAGUGUGAAGUUGGACUGAUUGCUGGAACUGGCACUAAUGUUUGUUACAUGGAGGAACUGAAGAACAUUGAAAAGACUGAACAAAGUACAGGACAAAAGCAGGGGGAUAAGAUGAGAGGAGAGAAAAAGGUGGGGGAUGCUGAGAUACAAAAGAUGUGUAUAAACACAGAGUGGGGAGGUCUGGGUGACGAUGGCUCUCUGGAUGAUAUCAUCACACCUUAUGAUGUGGAGGUGGACCAAACCUCAAUUAACCCUGGGAAGCAAAGGUUUGAAAAGCUGACCAGUGGGAUGUAUUUAGGUGAAGUUGUCCGCCAGGUAUUGCUGGAUUUAACCAGAGGAGGUUUGCUGUUCAGAGGUCAUGUCACUGAAGCCUUAAAAACAGCUGGAAUAUUCCAAACCAAAUACCUGUCGCAAAUAGAAAGUGACCGCCUCGCUCUGCUGCAGGUUAGAUCUAUUCUCCAGGGGCUGGGGCUGGACAGCACCUGUAACGACAGCAUCAUUGUAAAACAGGUAUGUGGAACAGUGUCACGUCGUGCAGCUCAGCUGUGUGGGGCAGGAAUGGCGGCCGUGGUCGAUAAGAUCAGAGAGAACCGAGGACUGGACCAUCUCAACGUCACUGUAGGGGUAGACGGGGCACUCUACAAAUUACAUCCACAUUUCUCUGGAGUCCUCCAAGAGACCGCAAGAGUUUUGGCUCCCCAGUGUAAUGUCACCUUCCUCCCAUCAGAGGAGGGCAGUGGGAAGGGUGCUGCCCUCAUCACAGCUGUGGCUAGACAGAGGGGGGAGAUGUAACUUGACAUGACUGAAAAAAUGAUUUAGCUUACCAACGUUUUUCUUUUCACAUUUUUUCAUUUUUCUUAUGUGCAUUACUAUUCUUCUCACUGCUAAUGUUCUCUGUUGGUCUGGGAGAAGUUCACACUGUCACAUGUAGUCUCUGAAACAAAUGGAUUCAGCAGCCACUACUUUUGACCCGACAACAGGAAACUUCAUCUGAAAGUUCUUGAUCUCUAACAGGCUUUCCACCAGCAAAUGCAACUAUUUGUGCUUUAUGACGCAUCCAGGAAAGACCGAAGUACAGUUGCAUGUUACUAUCCCCAAUUAAUGGAUUUUUAGCAAAUGGCAAUAAAGCUUGACCCACUUCUC